AUGAUUAUCGAUUUUAUCAACACAAGAAAGAUAUUCAUAUCUUUCUUUACAUUUGGUCUACUAAACAAUAUUCUCUAUGUCAUUAUCCUAUCAGCAGCAAUUGAUCUCGUGGGCUCUGCAACGCCCAAGGCAACUGUACUUUUGGCAGAUGUUGUCCCGUCGUUUGCAUUCAAGUUAACUGCACCCUUUUUCAUCCAUAUGAUUUCGUACAGAACGCGAAUAUGGUCAUUGGUUUGUUUGUCCAGCGGAGGGAUGCUUUUAAUCUCAUUAAGCUCACCCCUGGCUAUUGCAGUCAAGAUAUUGGGGAUUAUGCUUGCAUCGUUUUCAUCUGGUAUGGGCGAAGUCAGUUUCUUGCAACUAACGCAUUAUUAUGGCGAAGAAGCCAUUGGCGGAUUCUCCAGUGGCACUGGUGGUGCUGGAUUAUUUGGCAGUUUUUUGUUUAUGCUCAUGACCAACAUUCUUGGAAUGCCCGCGUGGCUUGUAUUGUUGGUGUUUGCAAUGACACCAGCAGGGUUUAUCUUGACCUAUUUUACCUUUUUGCCCCAGCCUGAUUCGGACCAGUAUCAAGAACUCCAAUCAUCCAUAGAUGAUUUUGAAAAUGAUGGAACAGAAAUAAGAGCUGGUGAAGCAGGAACUGAAUACGACGUGGCGCAAGCGGCUCUUGAUUUACAAAGCAAUGAUUUGAAAUUUUCAUCUGCAGCAUCAUUGAUGUCGCAUAUUACUUAUACAUUUGAGAGAAUAAAGCCAUUGAUUAUUCCCUUUAUGGUCCCAUUAACCACCGUGUACUUUUCAGAAUAUGUUAUUAAUCAAGGUAUCUCACCUACACUUUUAUUUCCGUUGGAAACAUUGCCACAUUGGUUAUUUUCCAGCUAUCGAGACAUUUACGUCGUUUAUGGAUUCCUUUACCAAUUGGGAGUUUUAAUUUCCCGCUCAUCUGCCACUUUUGGAAUUCGAAUUCGACGCUUAUAUUUGUUAUCCCUAUUGCAGGGCAUCAAUGUUAUGAUUACUAUAUUGCAAUCGCUUUACGAUUUGCCCUUUUAUAGUAUAUGGCCAUUGUUAAUGCUCAUACUCUACGAAGGUUUACUAGGAGGCUUUGCAUAUGUCAAUACGUUUAUUUCUGUUGGCGAGCAGGUCCCUAGGGCGCAGAGAGAGUUUAGUAUGGGGAGCGUAAGUAUUAGCGAUAGCUUGGGUAUUGUGCUAGCCGGAUUAGUCAAUUGGUGGUUGGAGACCAAGUUGUGCAAUUUGCAAGUCGAUAGAGGAAGAGACUGGUGUUUAAAAGGCGGAUCAGUAUAG